UGUACAAAAAUCAUUUAUCGAUUGUCGAUUUAUCUUGUGUGUAUUUCAAUAUUUUAAUUUAGAUUUUUUUUUUUUGUUCAAAUAAAUUAUCAAUGGGUAUUCUCGAUAGAAUUGCCGAAAUUGAACGUGAAAUUUCACGAACACAAAAAAAUAAAGCAACCGAAUAUCAUUUAGGUGUAUUGAAAGCUAAAUUAGCCAAAUAUCGUGGUCAACUAUUGGAACCAAGUAAAUCGAAAGAAAAAGGUGAAGGUUUUGAAGUGCUUAAAAGUGGUGAUGCACGUGUUGCAUUGAUUGGAUUUCCUUCGGUUGGAAAAUCAACUUUGUUGAAUACUGUGACCAAUACGCAUAGUGAAUCUGCAUCAUAUGAAUUUACAACAUUGACCUGUAUUCCCGGUGUUAUUGAAUAUAAAGGAGCUAAUAUUCAAUUGCUUGAUUUACCUGGUAUUAUCGAAGGUGCUGCUCAAGGUAAAGGUCGUGGACGACAAGUGAUAGCUGUAGCUCGAACUGCUGAUCUUGUUAUUAUCAUGUUGGAUGCAACCAAAAGUGAAGCACAACGUCGUUUAUUGGAACAAGAAUUAGAAUCAGUUGGCAUACGUUUGAAUAAAAGACGACCAAACAUUUAUUUCAAAGAAAAGAAAACGGGUGGUGUUUCUUUCAAUUCAAUGUGUAAUCUAACAAGAGUGGAUGAAAAAUUGGUUCAAAUGAUUCUUCAUGAGUACAGAAUAUUCAAUGCUGAAGUAUUGUUUCGAGAAGAUUGCUCACCGGAUGAAUUUAUCGAUGUGAUAUGUAAAAAUCGUGCUUAUCUACCUUGUCUUUAUGUUUAUAACAAAAUUGAUCAAAUUUCCAUGGAAGAGGUGGAUAAAUUGGCUAGACAACCACAUUCGGUUGUUGUCAGCUGUAACAUGAAACUCAAUUUGGAUUAUAUGUUGGAAACAAUUUGGAAUUAUCUUUCAUUAAUUCAAGUUUAUACUAAAAAACGUGGCCAGCCACCGGAUUUCGAAGAUGGAUUAAUCAUGCGACGUGGUUCAUCAAUCGAACAUGUUUGUCAUACGAUUCAUCGAACGUUAACAUCACAAUUCAAAUAUGCCUUAGUUUGGGGUACCAGUACAAAAUAUAGUCCACAACGAGUUGGAUUAAAUCACGUUGUACAUCAUGAAGAUGUCGUUCAAAUUGUUAAGAAAUAAUGGAAUUAUUUUCAUUUGAAAUAAAUGUACAAAUAAUUUUGUUUUCUUUUCAAAAAAAAACAUAAUUAUUAUUAU